AUGGCCAAGAAACAAGUCCAUGCCGUACCCAAGGACUUUUGUAAAAACAUGGAGCAUUUUGAUGUGUACCCUGAGAUUGACCCUCUCGAUGGGCUAAAGGGUUCGUUCAAGGGCAAGACUGUCGUCGUUGCUGGAGGCUCUGGGGGGAUUGGAAAGGCGAUUGCUGAAGCCUUCUGUCUUGCUGGUGCCGCAUCGCUCUGCAUCGUUUCGAGGUCGAAGGAAAAGUGCGAGAAGGCAAAAGCCGAUAUUCUUGCAACCUGCAAGCUUCAUGGACUGGAGCCCGAGAUUGUCGCAGCCCACGGGUUCGAUGUUGGUAGUACCGAGGACGUCGAUAGGUUCUGGACGAAGUUCAGGGACCACCCGCUCAAGGUAGAUGUCGUCGUUAACAACAUGAUUCGAGUCGACGAGGGAGCCUUUGAGAAGAUUGGUGACACCAACCCCAAAGCGUGGUGGGAUCUGUGGGAGACCGUUGUAAAAGGCUCAUACUUGAUGUCACGUGGCGCGAUUCGUAACCGCGAUGGAGACCUGAAGGGCCUGACCAUCAUCAACACAACAUCGGAUCAAUCUAAUCAAGGCUCCGCUGCCACUAGUGUGUACCAAGGCACAAAGAGUGCUUUGAACCGUCUCACCGAAGCUCUUGAUUGGGACCACGGCCCGGAUGGCCUCCGAGCGUUUGCACUACACCCAGGUUCUAUCUUGACUGAGAGUACUGCCAAACACUUCCCCGACCUCGAGAUACCCGGUAAUGUCCGUUUGCCUGGUGGUUUUUGUGUCUGGCUUGCGACGUCAGAUGAGGCAAAUUCAUUCAAGGGCCGUUAUGUAGACGGAAGCAAGGGGCUCAAGACUCUCGCUGCCAUUGCAAAAAAGAAUGCCGGCAAUCCUGACUGGCAUAAGAUGCGCUUGGUUGAUUACGAGGUUUGA